AUGAACCACACCAGCGAAUCCGUCCACAUCACAGCACAUAUAACCGUAAACAUCGAAUCAGCGCUUCCUUCCUCCCCAUCAUCUUUUCUCAAUGUACCUCCAUCACACACACCCGAUUUUGCACGUGGAUACAAAUUCUGGUGUAUCAUCAUCGGUUUCCUUGUUACCAAUCUCCUCGGCGCCCUCGAGAACACAGUCGUCUCGACCGCUGCCCCUGUAAUCUUAUCCGAUUUGCAGAUGGGCCAGAAUUUCAUCUGGAUCACGAAUGCUUUCUUCGUAUGCAGUGCAGCCUUCCAGCCUUUGUUUGGGCAGUUGUGCAAUAUAGUUGGAAGACGCUGGAUUGUACUCAUUGUCGCCAUUUUUAUACUUCGGAGUGGGAUAUGUGGUGUCGCUCGUAAUGGCACCAUGUUGAUCGCUGGCCGGGCAGUGCAGGGCAUGGGGAGUGGAGGAAUCAUUAUGAUUAUUGAUAUAAUCGUCUCAGAUCUUGCUCCCCUCCGCCAACGUGGAAAUUAUAUGGCUGUAGUUCUGGUCAUCUAUGGAAUAGGCGUAUCAUUAGGCCCCUUUAUUGGCGGUGCCAUCGUCUACUCAACUACAUGGCGUUGGGUAUUUUAUCUCAAUCUUCCUGUCGGUGGAACCUCACUAGUGAUACUAUACCUCUUUCUCCACGUCAAAUACAAAAAAGAUGUGACUUUCGCUCAGAAACUACAGCGCAUUGAAUUAGUAGGCAACGCUAUCCUCAUGACCGGCACCGUAGCAGUUCUCUACGCCCUAUCAAUCACGAAUCCCUGGUCAUCAUGGCACAAACUCGUGGCACUUGAUUCUCCUCGCCGCACGGGCGUUACUCUCCUCCCCUAUUCCCUUGUCGGCAUCCCCGGUGCUGCCAUUUCCGCCAUGGCGCUCAGUCGUUGGAGUAAAUUUCGUCCUUUAAAUUUCGCCGGCUUUGCUUUGUUCGCUAUCCCCUUGGGUCUCUUCACGCUACAACGGGAAAAUACAUCUACAGCCGAGUGGGCUAUUUUCAAUAGUCGUCGGCGCUGA